AUGCCCUUCCAGAUAUAUCAAUUCCAUUUCUGGUGUUAUGCCUAUUGUUGCCCAAUCAAUGUCAGGAAAAAUUGGGGUGGAAAAACCUGCAAUGCAGAAGCUGCUGAGAGAUAUGUGGAAGUGACUGAACCAUCCAUUCUGGUGACCUACUCAAACACCAUCUGUGUAUGGUAUUUGCCAGAUGCUCUCAGCCCAAAAAGAAGGGCUGACAUAUGGAACUGCCUUCAUCUUCUGAGGGAACCACUGCAGGAGAGCAUAAAGGCUUCCCCACAGGCAUGGCAGACUGACAAGUCAUAUUUCUGUGAUAAUGCUGAGUUGAAAGGUGCCAUCAACCUGUCACCUGCAUGGUUUCAACAGGGUCAUGGGCCCCAAAAUGGCUUCCCAGAGGCCUCAUGGCUGCUCAAAUCCAGGACAGAAACCACUUCUACAAGGGAAUGGUUGACCAAAUGUCUGGCACCAAUGCCCUAUGGCAGGGAAGAAUUGAUCUGCCUUGGCAAACAGGCAGAACAGUGGGCAGAUUCAGAUAUGAGCUCCAUACUGCUGAUAUGGAGCUCCACAUAUAGCAGCAUGGAUAUCAAUGAAUGGGAUCCAUGGUAUGACAUGCUGGUAACCAUGGGUGACUACCCACCCUUGGACUUUGUCAUUCCAAUGUUGAAUCUGCAGCUGCACUACAACCCAGGGAUGAUCAUUGCAUUUUCAGGUUCAGCAUUGGAGCAUGGGGUGAGAGCUGUGGAUGGUGACAGAGCAUGCCUGGCAUACUACAUGCAUGCCAAUGUACAUCAAUGGACAACCUACUACCCAGACCAGUUGCAACUGGAGAACUGUUGA